UCCUCUUACCAACGAAUGGUCUGCUGUUCCUUCCAUGAAGUCGAAAAGGAGUCAGGUGAGUCUUGCAGUAGCCAAUGGCUACCUUUUAGCUGUCGGCGGCUACGAUGGCGUUGUCCACGUGAGCACCGUGGAAGCAUUCGACUGGGAGCUGGACGCAUGGAGACGCUUUGGCAACACGCAAACCCGUCAUCCUGGUGGAGGUGUAACUGCAAUCCAAAUAUCUUCUGAUGAUUUGGACUUUUCUGAAUUGCCCCGGACUAGAUAAAAAGAAAAAAAGAAAAAAAAUCCAGCUUUUUUUGGUUUGGUGGAUCGAUUGAUUUCGCUCGGAAAGCGCAGCAGCAGGAGAACUGGGGAAGAGUUUACUAUGUGAACUGUAAUGCUUUCUUGAAAAUCUCAGACCCCCUGCUCGUCUUGAUUUAGAAACUUUCCAGUGCUCGAAGCCGUUUUGAACCACUGGUUCGACAGUGGUUUUAUUGCCCGGCCUUUGCCAAGUCCUUUAAC